AUGGUUAGAAAACAGUCAUAUGCGGCGAUCUUGGCCGCAGUUGUAUCCUUUCACAAGACGGCCGGUGUAGAAAUCGACAUGACCCAUGUCGCAUCGUCUCAGGAAUAUCUGUCGGGCAAGGUUCACGCCAGAAGCAUGGCAGCCAAAACUGCACAAUGGGACUCGGAAUUAGCGGCAGGGUUGAUGCAAAGUGCUCAGUACCCUGAGUUGAGUUAUACUCCCUGUAUCGACGGCCUCGCCGCAGCCAUUCCCGGAGAUGCCAACAACACCUUUCAGUGCAACAAUAUCGACCUGUAUCAUUUUCUUUCUCAUGCAGAUCUCGGAAGCACACAAGGUUUCGGGUCCUCCUCGUGGGGAUGGACAUCCGAGGAUGGGCGAGAGUUCGUCGCCAUCGGCCAGUACGAUGGAACAGCUUUCGCAGAAAUCACGUCCGAGGGCAAACUGCUCUACCUCGGGCGACUCCCACAAUACGAUCCCAUCGGCUCGAGAUGGCGAGAGAUCAGGACCCUGGGCGACCUGGCCAUCAUCGGCUCGGAGGCUAUCGUGCACGGUGUGCAGAUAUUCGACAUGAAGAAGCUUCUCGAUGUGGACCCGGCCAGCCCGACUGUCUUCACCCAGGAGGAUCUUACUGGUCACUUCAACAAGCUGCCUGUUGGAAGAACGCACAACAUCGUGGUGAAUGAAGAGCUUGGCUAUGCCAUCGCUGCUGGAUCUGUCGGCGGCAACGAGACUGUGCGGAACCGUGACAAUCUACCGUGCCGUGGAGGGCUAAUUUUUAUCAACAUGACCGAUCCUUCUAACCCCACCACACCCGGGUGCGCUGCCGGUGAUGGCUACGUGCACGAUGCGCAAUGUCUUGUCUACCGUGGGCCAGAUGCACGUUACCAGGGCCGUGAUAUCUGUUAUGGUUACAAUGAAGACACUCUUACGAUAUACGAUGUCACAAACAAGAUUGGCAAUUUCACCAAGCUGAUCUCUCGCACCUCAUAUAUCGGUGCCAAGUACAUUCACCAAGGUGCUGUGCUUGAUAUAUCCAAUCAGGAGUUCCUUGUGCUCGACGAUGAGCUAGAUGAGCGUGACGGUACAGAAGGCCCAGCGACCAACAAGUUGCCCAUCACAUACAUUUUCGACAUCCGCGAUCUCGAGUCGCCCAAAUUGACUGGUUAUUAUGAGGGAAAGACUCGUUCCAUUGAUCACAACCAGUACAUCGUUGAUGGGUAUAAUUAUCAGUCAAACUACGGUGCGGGGCUGCGUGUCCUCGACGUCUCCUCGAUCCCGUCUGACCCAACUGGUGCCGGGGUCUGCGAAGCCGGGUUCUUCGACAUCCACCCUGAGGACGAUGGGGCCGAGGGAGGCGGGCUAGUCGCGUUCCUCGGCACCUGGUCUUCGUACGCGUACUUCAAGUCUGGUUUCAUCUACAUCAACACCAUUGAACGAGGCUCGUUCGUGGUCAAAAUGACAAGCAAGACUUGCCAGGAGGCAUAA